AUGUCGCUGACCAUUCUGUCCAGACGGGCGACCGCUCGCUCGCUGCAGGCUUCAGCCUCGUCCUGCACUCGCUCGUUUUCAACACCCGUGAACGACACAUUCUCCCCAAUCUCAACUACCCCUCCUCCGGCACCAGAAGCCCAAGGUGCGCUAUGGCAGGCCGUCAAUGCGAGGACUCCUCGCUACGACUGGACCAAGGAUGAGAUUCGCGAGAUAUACAACACUCCUCUCAUGGAGCUGGCCUUCCAAUCGGGCACCCUCCACCGUCGUUUCCAUUCCCCGUCAGCAGUACAAAUGUGUACAUUGAUGAAUAUCAAGACGGGCGGUUGCAGCGAGGACUGCUCGUACUGUGCCCAAUCAUCCCGUUACAACACUGGUUUAAAAGCCACGAAAAUGUCCUCGGUCGACUCGGUUCUCGAGGCUGCACGGAUAGCAAAGAGCAACGGAAGUACGCGAUUCUGCAUGGGUGCUGCAUGGCGAGAUAUGCGGGGUCGCAAAACAAGUCUGAAGAAUGUCAAGGCCAUGGUUGAGGGCAUUCGUUCAAUGGACAUGGAGGUCUGUGUCACUCUCGGCAUGAUCGACCAGAACCAGGCCGAGGAGCUGAAAUCUGCGGGCCUUACGGCGUACAACCACAAUGUCGACACUUCAAGAGAGCACUAUCCCUCUGUCAUCACAACGCGAAGCUACGACGAACGACUACAGACCCUAUCGCAUGUCCGAGACGCCGGCAUCAAUGUGUGCUCUGGAGGUAUUCUCGGCCUAGGCGAGAAGCCAGAGGACCAUGUUGGACUCAUUUAUACCGUUUCUACCCUGCCUGCGCAUCCAGAGUCUUUCCCCGUGAAUGCCCUGGUUCCUAUCAAGGGCACGCCACUUGGAGACAGCCCCAACCGAAAGCGCAUCUCAUUCGACGCCAUUCUUCGGACUAUUGCAACCGCAAGACUGGUCAUGCCUGCUACCAUUAUUCGCAUUGCUGCAGGGCGCACCACCAUGAGUGAGGCUGAGCAGAUUCUCUGCUUCUCUGCUGGUGCCAAUGCAGUCUUCACUGGCGAGAAGAUGCUGACGACCGAAUGCAAUGGUUGGGAUGAGGAUAAAGCUAUGUUUGAUCGCUAUGGCCUGGUGCCGAUGAAGAGCUUCGAGCGUGGAGGGUAUAGAGAGACCAGCUGGGCAGCGGUGAAAGCCGAUGCCUCUGCAACGGCAUCCAACGCGAGUCCAUCGACGGAGGCGUCAGCCAUUGCGUAG